AUGGCUAAAAGUAAAAUGUCUGACUAUAGAUCGCUGUAUAAGUUGACAAAGAGACUCGGAACAGUAGUAGGCGUUUGGCCGUAUGAAAGUCCAAGUAUUUUAUAUCUUCUUGUGCCGUAUAUACCGAUGACACUGCAUUUAAUAAUAUCGCUCUUGAUAUUUUCGUGGGUCCGCGAGAAAUUUCCAAACAUCGGUCUCGUUUCAAAAGGCCUGAGCAUUUCCACCAGCUUCGUGACCACCAUUCUGAAGAUAGCGAGCAUGAAAAUAAACCACAAAGAGUUGACGGAAUUACACCGACAUCUUCAUCCGUACUUUGGGAAAUUGCUGAAGGAUUCAAGGCUGUCGAACAUCGUUUUGAAGGACGUCGACAUGUUUAAGCUUGUAUCAUGGUCAUUGACUAUUUGUGUUGCCACUUGCUUGGGGUCUUACAUUCUUCUUCCCCUGAGCUUCGUCAUAAAAGCUUCUGUUCAUCACAUAGAAGUGGCCAAGUACCCGCUUAUAUAUCCAUGCAACUAUCCGUGGAAGAUAACGUCCAAUGGAAUUGUUUACCAACUUCAUUUUGUUUUUGAAACUUGCUCGGGGUUGGCGAUGUUUUUUGUGUCUACUAGUGUUGACAUAUUGUUUCCGUUUUAUAUCUUUCAAAUGAUUGCACAAUUUCGUGAAAUUUCUUACGAUAUUACGCACAUCAAAAAUGAUGAUAAAGAUGAUGAAAAUAAUGAUGACUAUAAUAAAGUCAUAGAAAAAUGUGUUGCUCAGUACGAAAGAUUGAUGAGAUGCAAAGACAUUUUGGAAAAAAUUUGGGGCCCUAUAAUACUUUUCAGUGUUACUACUAACGCUAUUGUUCUUUGCACAGUUCUGUUUCAAAUUUCAAAGAUGAGAAGUGUAACCAUUGUUCAAGGGUCAUUAUUGGUUGCAUACGUAGGUUUGAAAUUAGGACAAACCUUCAUUUAUGCUUGGAGUGGGUCUUGUUUAAUUGAAGAGAGCGAAGUUUACAGAGAUGCAGUUUAUGCUGCUAAUUGGUACGGAAAAAAACGACUAAUGACUUCUAUUGUGAUGCUCCUGACCCAAAGGCCUUUAUCAUUAACCGCUUGUAAUUUUUCAAUUGUUUCUGUGAAAAUUUUUAUCACGUUUUUGAACACAGCAGUAUCUUACUUCUUUCUUUUGCAAACACUUGAUGAUAAG